UAUUGAUACCCACGGGUUCUCGACGUCGUUGGUGCAAAAUCUGUGUUUAUCUCAUCUAUGUUUACAUUGUACACUAGCUAAAUGGAUCACGAGAAUGCCAAAUAAAGGAAAGAAAGAGAAGCAGGCUUCUAAGGCCGGGGGAAGUGCGAAGCAAGCAAAUAAAGAAAACGGUGACAAUGUAAGCGAUGAGGCCAAAGCAAAGUCUCAAUCCGUUACUCAUCCUCCCAGUCAAGCGGUCAAACUGAGACAAUAUGCAAAUGGACCGUCGAUUAUGAGGAAGGAAAAGCGACAGAGUUCAUCGUCUUUUAACGUGAGCGACAAUCGGGAGAUAAUGAAAUUGCCUCCUCUGAAAGACACAGCACCAAAUGAGAGAGAACAACUCUUUGUGCAAAAACUUCAGCAGUGUUGCAUUUUGUUUGACUUUGCUAUGGAUCCACUGAGUGACCUCAAAUUCAAGGAAGUUAAAAGAGCAGCACUCAAUGAGAUUGUUGAUUUUAUCACUCACAACAAAAAUGUGAUCACAGAACCCAUUUAUCCUGAAGUAACUCGCAUGUUUGCUGUCAACACAUUCAGGACUCUACCACCUCCAUCAAAUCCAAAUGGAGCAGAGUUUGAUCCAGAAGAAGAUGAACCAAGCUUAGAAGCUGCCUGGCCACAUCUUCAAAUUGUGUAUGAAUUAUUCCUGAGGUUUCUGGAGUCUCAGGAUUUUCAGCCAGCAUUGGCCAAGAAAUUUAUUGAUCAAAAAUUUGUCAUGCAGCUUCUUGAUCUUUUUGAUAGUGAAGAUCCAAGGGAACGAGAUUUCCUUAAGACAGUUCUCCACAGAAUAUAUGGCAAGUUUCUUGGACUUAGAGCAUAUAUCAGAAAACAUAUAAAUAAUAUAUUUUACCGCAUCAUCAAUGGCUUUGCAGUUCCUCUCAAAGAGGAACAUAAGCAUUUUCUUAUGAAAGUUCUUAUGCCUCUACACAAAGUCAAAGCACUCAGUAUGUACCAUCCACAGUUGGCUUACUGCAUUGUACAAUUCUUGGAAAAGGAUCCCACUCUCACAGAACCGGUGAUUGUGUCACUUAUGAAGUUCUGGCCAAAGGUUCACAGUCCAAAAGAGGUUAUGUUUCUGAAUGAACUUGAAGAAAUUCUUGAUGUCAUUGAGCCAUCAGAAUUUGCCAAAAUCUUAGAACCUCUUUUCCGACAACUGGCAAAAUGUAUCUCCAGCCCACACUUCCAAGUUGCUGAGCGUGCGCUUUAUUACUGGAAUAACGAGUAUGUGAUGAGCUUGAUGAGUGAUAAUGCUGGUGUCAUAGUGCCAAUCAUGUUUCCAUCUCUUUACAAACACUCAAAGAACCACUGGAACAAGACAAUCCAUGGUCUCAUCUAUAAUGCUUUAAAGCUAUUUAUGGAGAUGAAUCAAAAGCUCUUUGAUGAAUGUACACAAAAAUAUAAACAAGAGAGGCAGAGGGAAAAAGAAGACCUCAAAAAGAGAGAAGAAGCAUGGCUAAAAAUUGAUGAACUAGCUCGGAAGAACCCAGAUUAUGUCAAGAUUGCCCGUCUAGCUGGUGUUGAUGAGGAGAGAGAUAGAGAGCUUGUGGACCAGGGUUGUGAAAUGGAAGGUGUAGAAGAUGAAGUGAUAGUUCUUCAGGGAGUGUCGAAAACGGAAAUUUCAUUGAAGAGACCAGAGAAUAAAAAGUUUGUACGGCGGAAAUCUGAACUUCCUCAUGACUCAUGCACUGUAAAUGCGCUAUCAGACUACAAUAGUCCAGAUGAAUACCUGGCCACAGCAGCAGAGGGGUAAAAUUUGUCCACGAGCUUUCCCUUUCCCCUUAUUCGGGUGUGGCACAGUUCAACUCUAAGGGAUUCAGAGUCUCUUAUAGUGAUUGAUUUAUGGUUACUCUUAAAAAUGUUCUUUUGUGGAAAAGAAAUAUGCUAUGAGUUGCAAAUUACUUCUAAUAGCAGUGGGCUGGUUUCCAAACUGACAGCUUGAAAUGAGAAUCUCUAAACUUUUUAACUAAGAAGGAAAUUUGUAUCAGCAACUUCAAAAAGCACAUUUCACAAUUUGUUAAUCCUACAAAGUUUCUUGUUUAAGGGUCACGUUUCAGUGAAUAAAAAUUAAUGUUAAACUUGGAAAAAGAAAACCCAGACAUUUUUAUUGUUUGGUUAAAAGGCAUCCUCAUUCUUACAAGGGAUUGUAUGUGCAACUAAUUAUCAACAUCUCAUGCCCUGAUUUAAUAUCCUGACUUCCAAAUAUACUGAUCUUGUUGGUGCAAGCCAUCAUGAACUUGCCAAAAAAACUCAAAACUUCAGAACUUUUUAAGGCCGUUAAAUUCAACAUAGUAUCAGCAUCGACCGCUAGUUUUGAACUUGAAGAUUUUGUAUACAUCUAAAUGUAAAUUGAUUGUUUCAAUGUCGCACUUUAUGGCAUUCAAUACGCUUUAAUUUGCUUUAAUUCUAUUUAAUGUUUAGCUGUAUUUGAUUUUAAUUAAGUAGUAUUUUAGUGUACACGACCCCACAAACUUUUAGCUUUCAUACAUAUUGUGUAUAAAUAAAGAUAACCAACCAACCAACCAACCAAGUCAGAAGGGAAGGGGGGCAGCUUAUCAAUUGCUGGGACUUCCAGAGAUGUGGCUUUUUGGAGAGGGGGGGUCCUUUUAGAGAUGCAAAUUUUACUGUUUAGAGGAGGGACUUAUUUUGGAUAGGGGGUGUGUCUAAGGGGGGUUUGGAUUGAAGGGUUCUGAUAAAAACCUACUGAGCACUCAGAUUAAAGUUAAUAAUUUUCAUCUGAAUUGUUACCCAGAUUUGAAUAUUGUAUACAGAAUGCAUUUCUUGACCUGCAAUGUUUUAACAUGAACUAUUAGUGGCUUUAAAAUAUCAGUGUAUUACAUGCUGAAAUGCUACAUAGCUCAAACAAAUGGCAACGACUCCACUAUUUUUUAGUUUUUUUUCUUUUUUGGGGGGGAGGGGGAGGGAGGGGCUACUUAGUAGUACAUUCCCUGAGUUAGUUUCCUGCCACAGUUUGACGACUGUGUUCUUGUGUAGCUGUUUCUUCUUUGAGAGCGUUACAGUUGACAAUUGUUAUUUAUUAUUUUUAUCCACAAAAAGUUAACCAAAAGUUAAGAUUUUAUUUUACCAAAUGUAGAUUAUAGGAUUAUUUUUAAGAUGGCUGUUAACUUGAAACCAGGUUUACUGUGAAAGCUUUAUUAAUCAUUUUUUUUUUAUUUCCCUUCUAAAUAUAUAUUUCAUACAUUUUAACCAUUCUUUUUCGUAAUUCAAGUCUUACUGACAAGUGGACUAGCAGUAGUUUUGUUUGAGAAGUGUCUAUUUGGCUGUAUGGCCACUUUAAGCAAACAGUAAAGCUUGUAAAGGGUUUUGCUUUCAAAGAAACACCUCUCUUCAAUGAAUUCAGUAAAGCUUUUUCAGUAAAGUUGGUUAACCAUUAUUUUGUUAUUGGGUUGCAGGUCUUAAAUUUUUUAUAUGCUAUGUUUUUGAUUUUUGUGUUAGUGAUCAAAUAGGGUUUUUUUUUUUUUAAUCUCUUUCCCCCCUAUGAGUGAUGGGAUUUCACCUCACAAUAUCACUUCAUUUUCAAGGAGAAAAGCAACAUGAAAAAAGAGUGAGAUCACUUUGGAAAUCUUCUCUGCUUUAUUCCCAGAGCUCAGUUGUAAGUAGUGUGUAAUGCAGCACUGACUGUGAAUUGAUUUUCACAUCUUGGGAGUGAAAGGGUUAAGGGGGCAAUGCACUUAGUUUUGAGUCAUUUUUGUUGAACGUAUCAAUCUACCAUAAAAUAUUAAAAUGUAAGCAUAGCAAGAAAGAAAAACACCAAAAUGUAGAGAUUCAGCUUUAAAAGGAUUAAAGCUGACAAGAGACGGAGAAGAUUGAUACAGAUUAAAAAAUGUUUGACUUGUGAAAGUUGGGCAGAUCUUGUCAUAGUUCUUUUAACAAUGCAGUGGAAAAAGCAGCUGAGAUGUGUUUAUAGCUGUCAAUAUUAUUGGAUGAAAUGCAAGGAAAUUGAGUUUCAAAAUCUACUGGGCUUAAGAUAUGGGGAAAUUCAGCCCAAAUCGAUCCCCAUGUUUAUCAUUUCAAUCUAUGACAGUCAUCUCCAUUUCCAGGCACUCAUGUAUCUUUUAGGUUUGUGCUAUCUCAUUCAUAUUUUUCUGUCUCAAAAAACUGAUAUUUUGUGGUCCCACAGGAAAUGAAGAUAGUUUUUCAUCGCUGAAAAAACAAAAGGAACACAAUUCUAAUUAUCUUAACAAAUCUCCCUCAUGACACAAUGUGUCUAACUGAAUAGGUGGGGUUGGUGGGGACAUGGGUUACUGAAGUACUGGUUAGUAUCAUUCAAUCUACCUGUUCAUGGCUUAAAAACAUUGGUGCUUAUGAUCUGUAAUAUCUUGUCAAUACAAUGGAACCUCGAUUUAAUGAAGUGCUAAGGGACUGGGGAAAUGGGGUUGUUGUAUCAAGGGUUCAUUAUAUUGAGGUUCUGUGGCAUACAUUCUACUGUAACUUUAGCUCGGCUGAAACGGAAGUAUCGUUCGUUAUACCGAGGACUUCGUUAUUAUAGAGGUUUGUUAAAUUGAGGUUCCACUGCACUGGAACAUUUAUGGUUACGUAGGGAUGUUUUUUUAAUGAAUUCUGCAAUGGUGCGUGGGAAAGAAUUUUUUCACGCAAUGGGGAACACUAAGGAAAGUAGUUUUUAAUGAUAUUGAUGUAAGGAUCAGGCAUGCCUAAUGGUAGCUACAUGGAAGUUUUAGUCAAACUAACAUAAAAAGUGAAAAAUGAAUUAUUAAAAACUAGAUCAUUGGAUAAUGCAAUCCAAGACUUGUUAUUGGCUUAGCCA